UUUAGGCUGGAAGGUUGAAACUGUUCAAGAUACUUUGGCGGACACUGAUGGAACGUUCAGACCAAGAUGUGGCUCAAUAAACAAACCGAAAUUCGACAAUAUGUUACAAAGAUCAUUUAGAUUUCCUACAAUCUUGGGUACAGAGGUGAAGUUUGUGGAUAUGAUGGGCGAAAGCUUUCUGACGUUCAGAAUUCCUCAACAAUUACUGAAGGUUUUCAUAACUGAAGAAAAGCAAAAGAUUUUAGACCUAAAUAAUCUUGGCGACUUAAACUCGGAGUGGGACAAUGUGCGUCAGGAAAUUCUCGGCAACCAUUUCAAAUUAGUCAGUAAUUAUACUGCAUCAUUUCGUCAUCUGAAUAAUUUGAGAGAAAGGCAAGAUGUAGGGGUGUCAUCUUGGCGUAAUUUUAAACCAAGCAGCCUGAAGACGGACAAGACCUUGGCGUUUGUUACAACAAACUUACAUUUGCAAAGACUUAAAGUCAUAGAUGGAACGAAUGAACAAGGCUAUGAUGUGGUUACGUUUGGGGCUCCAUCGGCUCAUUCAAUGAAGUACAGUAAAGGAGGGUUGAGAAGACUUCUAGGAAACCUGAAGAAGCUUAUUUUACGUACGCAAAGUGGAGGUGACAACAGAGCAAACCGAGCUAAGAAUAAAAGAAUUGAACUGGAACUGUUGAAACAUGCAUUUAAGGAUAUAUGUAAAAAUUUUAAAAGCGCUUUAGCCAAUAACAACUUGGAGGAGGUCAUCGAACUCUCAACAAAGUUGCACGAAAAGGUGAACGAUCUUCUAAAAUACUAUGAAAUGACGUUUAUCAUCGAUUCUCUUGUUUCGUUGAGUACAUCCCGUCCAAUUCCAUCCACGGCUUCAACUUCUCGUGAAGAAUAUGGUGAGAAAUACACAUACAAAGGCCUAAAUGAUUUUCAACCUGAAUCGGAGGAUGCCGAUGACCCCGAAUGCCAGGUUCUGCGUAAUUCUAUUGAAAGUUCAGUGGCGCAGAUUCUAAAAAUGAUUAAUGAAUUGAAUAAAGAAAGUCCGCUAAUUUUGAAUGACUUAGCAAAGAAAAGUUGGCGAACGAUAGGAGAGAAGACUUUGGAUUCCGUGGUAGAUGAUGUUUACUAUUUUGUUGACGCUCUUAUUAAGAAAUUAAAUUUGGGAAUGAUUUUCGUUCUACUUCAGGAAGAAUCGCGUCAUGCCCAGACUAUGCAAGACCUCCGUCAACGUCGCGAUAUUUGUCUUUCACAGGCAGUAACGGCACUCAUUUGUGGAUUUGAAGCUAAAAUUUACACAUCACUAUUUGACGCAAGUUUCAUGAAACAACUUUGUGAGAUUGGUGUUCUUGCUGAAUUUGAAUGUCUUCUGAGUACUUACGGUGAUGAAAUGGGAAUGUUAGAAGACAUGUCCAUUGCAAUACGCGAUCUUUCAUGUGUCAAAUUUAAGUUCGCUUGCUCUGAUAACGAAACGAUUCCCUACGUCACUGGAACAAGGGCUAAUAUUCAUGUUACCAUACUCCUCGAAACAGAAUAUUUCUGUUAUUUACCCAAAGAAUUGCAAGAAGGAAAAUUAAUACAAGUUUCUCCAGUUAUUUUCACUCAAGGGAUCAACGAACAUGCGACUUUAGCUGAAAG